CAUCCCCCCUCUCUCUCUAACGAUGAUAAUUGGAACAAAGCCACCUGAUUCGCGGCUCGACAACGGAGGAUGACUGGGUUUAUGGGACAUCAAGAUUCAAGGCUAGUGCGUCACGGGCUCACGGCUGGUGGAGACGUGCGAUGGGGUUGGUAGAGGCGGCCGGCGGGACAACUGCAACAGGAGUGGCGGAGGCGGUCAGCGGAGCUUGUGGCUACGACAGUUUUGGCUGGAGGGAGGGGAUGGUAGAAAUAGGCUUUAACUGGAGGGAGGAAAGGAUAGAAUUAGGGUUUGGAUAGAAUAUAUAGAAUAAUCAGAUGUGGUCUUUUUUUGUUUCCAAAAUUACCCUGAAAUAAUUUUAACCGUGAGAUUAAAAAAAGGGGAAAAAAGAAAAAUGAAUGGGGGAUACUGAAGUAGCCACGGUGGCUACUAGAAUUCUAGUAAUCACGCUAUCCCAUUCCUUUUGUGACCUUGUCUCCUCUGCCUGGGCGAGUGCUGAUGACUAUUGAGUGCGCAUCUCGGACUCCACUCUCCAAUCGCCAUCGGCCAAUCCUUUCGACCAAUUGAAUUCAGUCCAACUACAACAUUUAACUUCAACACCCUAACUUUAUACUUAAAUCCAAUAAAAAACAUCAACAUUAACUUUUAAGUUCAUGAAAUAAAUCAUAAUUAAUUUUUUAUUAAUUAAAUCUAUUAAAACAAUAUCAUUCGUUAAUAUGUCAAAAAUUGAUCAUGCCAAUCAUACGAUGAUAUUCACGCUAGUUUCAUAACCAGAACCGAUUGAAUCUGGUCCAACCGGCCGACAUUCCACCAUGAGCUUCACUCAACGCGUCCCAUUCCCACUGGAUCAGCACGUGCAGAACAGCCAAGCAUUCCUCUCUCUCUGCUUCCCCCCACUUUCCCUCUUCCCCCGCGGUUAAAACAACCUUCAUCCAAAUACACAAGCCAAAAGAAAGGAGAAAACAAAAAAGGAAAAGGAAAAGGAAAACCUAAACUCUGUCCCUCCGAUCUCCCCUCGCCUCCGUAGAUCUCACUUCACCGGCGACCUCCCCCCUCUCCUCCGCCACCAUUUCCGACUUCCAGUCACUGAGUCCUCAAACAGAAGCCAGCUCUGCACUCAAAUUUCAACUCAGUAGUCAAUUCCCCUGAGACACUCAACCUUCCAGCUCCUCUCUACUCCCAAGUUCAAUUCCGUCGAAUCAAUGAAUGCAUCUCCGGACUGAGUCAGAUCGAUCGGAAAUGGCUUCGAUCCGCCGCACGCUCUCCCCGGCGCACCACGACCGUUCUCCCUUCCAGAACGGCAACGCCGCCUUCAACUCUACCUCCUCCCCGCUCUCCGUCUCCAGCAAUGCUAAUAAAUACUCUUCCUCCUUCUCCGCCGCGCCCUCCGCUUACCUCGGUCGACUCCUCGCCGCCGCCUUCCCCCACAGACGCAAAGGAGGCUUCGGUAGAUCCUUGUACAGGUGUUUGCUCUUCUUCGUUUUAGGUUGCGUGUUAGGUGUCUUCCCGUUUGGCCAGGUCGAUAACGAUAUCCACGGCCAGGAUUUCUCGUUCGAGAUCAAGCCGACUCAUGUCAACGUCAGAUUGGACGAAGAUAUUGAUAAGAGGAGCAUCAUACUCGACGACGACUCCCCCAUUAAGACGGUCAAUUUGGGCCUUGAUGCUCAGGUUUCCGGAGAUGAUCCCUCCCGCUUCGAUUUUCUGCCGAGGAAGCAACUCAUCGUUGUCACUCCGACGUAUAACCGUGCCUCUCAGGGUUAUUUUUUGAGUAGGUUAGGCCAAGUCCUGCGAUUGGUGCGGCCUCCACUGUUGUGGAUUGUGGUCGAGAGCGAUGCUGCUUCCAUGGAGACUGCGGAGAUAUUGAGGAAAACUAGCGUCAUGUAUAGGCAUUUAGUGUGCACCAAGAACUUGACGAAUGUGAAGGAUAGAGGUGUUCACCAGAGGAAUGUAGCUCUUGAGCAUAUUGAGAGGCAUAAGCUCGAUGGGAUUGUUUACUUCGCCGAUGAUGAUAAUGUGUAUACCCUUGAAUUGUUCGAGAGGCUAAGAGAAAUCAGCCGAUUUGGCACUUGGCCUGUGGCAAUGCUUGCGCAAAGUAAGAACAAAGCAAUCCUUGAAGGCCCAGUGUGCAACGAAACUCAGGUGAUCGGUUGGCAUACAAAUGAGAAAAGCAAACGACUCCGAAGAUUUCAUGUCGAUAUGUCGGGAUUUGCUUUCAACACAACCAUCUUGUGGGAUCCAAAGAGGUGGCAGCGUCCUUUUAAAAACCCGAUCAGGCAAUUAGAUUCAGUGAAGGAAGGGUUCCAGGAGACCACAUUCAUAGAGCAAGUGGUGGAGGACGAAAGCCAAAUGGAAUCGGUGCCUUCUGGUUGUUCAAAGAUACUUAACUGGCACCUCCAUUUAGAUUUCGGUGGUACCAAAUACCCGGAAGGCUGGCUUCUCCAAAAGAACCUCGAUGUCAUUCUCCCGAUCUAAGGGGACAGAGUUCUGGACAUGCAGUUUUGAUGCCAAAAUAGGUAGGUACACACUCAUAACCAAAUGCAUCAAUCCAUGGUAGUUUUUAGUUUUGAAGUUCACACAGAGGUCAAAAUAAGUAGGAAGCAGAUUGAUGAGAAAUAAAGAGUAGCUUCUCUUGUCUUCUUUUUGGGUGCAGAUAUCCCUUGUUCAAGCGAGGAGGGAGUUGCUCUUCUGUCGAUCUCUUUUCAGUACUUGUCAGUGUUGAAUAUAUAGCAGGGCUGGGCUGGGCAGGGCAGGGCAUCCAUCUUAAAGGGAGGGGAUCCUCAGCUUCUUGUGUCAAAAAAAGAACAAAUACAAGAGCACAGAGACUGGAGAGAGUUUUAUUUUUUUGGGUUAGCAGAAAUUUUGCAUUUGUUGGCGUUUGGGACUAUUUUUCCUCCAUUGGUUUGAAGCUUUGGGGCACCUCUGCCCUCCAGGCGUUGUCAGAGUAAGAAUUGUACUUCAGGUCAGGAUUCGUGUACGCUGACAUGUGGCCUUUCUGCAGGCUUCUCCUUCUUCCUCCUCCUCGGGAAGAAAGGUUUGGAAUUAGCUCUUUGUCCUGGUCGUGGAACCUCAAUACUUCAUCCCAUCUCCUCGUACCAGUUGCAAACUUAUUUGUCUGCGAACUUGUGUUCUAUAUAACUAUAUUGUUGGCCAAUUUUUCGGCCUUUUUCUAUCUUGCAUUGCUCUCUCAGCCGUAUAAUUAAUUAUCAUGUCAUGUCGUCACUGGAGCUGUCUGGUGAACCGGAGACAAGUAAUACAACAAUGCAACAGAACAAAUUUAUCCAAUUUAUUUCCUACAGUUUGCAGUUCUGGUCUCGAUUUGGCAGGAAGAUUAACUUGGAUGAAUCAGCGGCAGAAUCAGCUUCCUCAAGCCCAAUUUCUCUAUUUUAGCCACCGAUUCUAGAGGUUCUUCGGGAACAUCGUUUCAAUCGGUGACAACCCAGAAAUCAGUCCUAUGACUAGAUAGUUCCCUUAGUUUCAUAGGUUGGCAAACCCUAGAGGUUCUUUGAUGGUGUAACAAUUGAUGUUUGGUUUAUAUAUGUUGAUUUGACUUCUUCUAUCUUUCUACUUGAUUCCAUGUUUGGUUUGUUGGCAAUUCGAUUGCGUGUUCAAGACAAGAACUAUCUUUAAAGGAGAUCCUCCUAUCCGACUUUGCGGAUAGAUGAGAUUGGAAAUGACAAUCAUUCACAAUCAAUUGAACCGCACGACUACUUCAAGGGAGAAAUCCGUAGGGUCUAUGUUGCAUGUUGGUUUGCAGAGACACCAUGAACAAAAGCAGGAUCAAACUUGACAAGAAUCAAGCAGGUCAUAUGUAGCCAGACUUAAUCAUUGAUUCUUGGUUACAUGCAUGCGUGUUUUUUUUUUAGUUCGCCUUGCUAUACUUAUUGUGUUGAGAUGUUUAUGUCUCGCAUGCAAUACAUGUCCAGAAAGCGA